GGGAGGCGAAGAAGGAGAAGAAUUUCAGAUAAUGAUGAAGAGAGAGCAAGGAAGCUUAGACAACAAUGAUAUGGAGGACUGGAACGGGUUGUUUAGUGAAGAGGAGUCUGUGGAUGGGGUGGAGGAGGCCGGACCUGGGGCUUCGGUGACCCCAAACAGCGUGCUGAGGCUGAAGGCCUACACCGAAGAUUACCUUUGUGGUCCUGAAGACAACAUCUACAACAUCAACUUCUCACGUUUCAAAAUUCGAGAUUUACAGACAGGAGCUGUUAUACUGGACCUCCACAAGCCGUGCCCAACCGAAAUUAAGGAUGCGAUUGACACAAGUGCGGGGAGAUUUAUCCAGUAUCGCUUUAGUCCCGCAUUUCUGGCGCUGCGAGAGAUAGGAGCCACGUUGGAGUUCACGGUGGGGGCCAAGGCCCUGAACAAGCUCCGGCUGAUUGAGAGGCAUUACUACAGGGAGCGGCUCUUGAAGAGCUUUGACUUUGAAAUUGGCUUCUGCAUCCCCUUCAGCAGAAACACAUGCGAGCACAUCUACACCUUACCGGAGCUGGAGCCCCAGACAGUCGAGGAGAUGAUCGCUAGUCCGUUUGAGACCAAGUCAGACAGUUUCUACUUUGGCAACAAUAAGCUCAUCAUGCACCAUAAGGCAGAGUAUGCAUUCAGCGGGGACGAGAGGAGACCAGCACUGAUGGAGAAGGACUGUCCUGCUUACAGCCACCAGUGACACAGACUGUACAGCUGGAACAGGAAGGAACGGAGCGGUCUGUGGUGAACAUGAGCAGACACACACACACACACACACACACACACACGUUUCUACUCAUAUCUUUGCAGGGACCAUCCAUUCAUCUCUAUGGGUAAAACCCUAAUCCCAAUGACAGCCUUAACCCCUACGCAGUCCUAACCUUAACCAUAAGUUACUAAACA